AUGUCUACAUCCACAUCAACAAUCUUCGUCACCGGUGCAACAGGCUGUCAAGGUGGCGCCGUUGCUCGCCUCCUCCUCUCCUCAGGCUACACCGUACACACCAUAUCCCGCAACCCCAACUCCCGCCAGUCCCAGCAUCUAAAAUCCCUCGGCGCAAACACAUUCACCGGCUCUCUCGACGACGAAUCCGCUCUCGUAGUAGGCAUGAAGGGUUGCAUAGGGCUUUUCCUCGUUAUCCCACCCGCACCAUACGAGACAACAAUCAAAUACACAACCACCAUCCUUGCCGCCGCAAAAUCUGCCAAAAGCAUACAACACAUCGUCGUCUCAACGACACUGGGAACCGACAGACCUGAGCGAAUGGCCGCCUGGGACCCCAACGGUGGAAUGCUCGCGAUGGUAAUAAAGCCCAAAAUCGCAAUGGAGGAGCUCGUGUGCGCUGCGGGGUUCAAAUACCACAGCAUCCUACGGCCUGGAAACUUCAUGGCCAACUUCGUCGCGCCGAAAAUCUCAGUUGUGAAUCCCGAGCUCGAGAAGAAGGGGGUUUAUCCAACGUCGUAUACAAGAGCAACACGGAUACCGAUGAUUGAUGAAGCUGAUACCGCGAAGUUCACCCUUGCGGCUUUCGCAGAUCCGGAGCGUUUUCAUGGGAAGGCGAUUGCACUUGUAUCCCAAUUAUGA